ACCACCAAAGCUUUCUGCUGUCCUCGCACCUCUGCACCAGUCCGCCCACUCGCCGCAAUCAUGUUCUCCCGACACGCCGUUCAGGCCCUCCGCAGCAAUGCGCUCUCGGCACAAUGCCCGUCUGUCGCCGCACGAUCAUACGCGACCAUCUCCUCGGACAUCUUCAAGCCCACCAAGUUCGGGGGCAAAUACACGGUCACCUUGAUCCCAGGUGAUGGUAUCGGCGCCGAAGUGUCCGAGUCGGUCAAGACCAUCUUCAAGGCAGACAAUGUGCCCGUCGAGUGGGAGCAGGUCGACGUGUCUGGCAUGGAGACCGGCGGCAAGCACUCCGAGGAGCUGUUCCGCGAGUCCAUCGCUUCCCUCAAGCGCAACAAGUUGGGUCUGAAAGGUAUCCUCCACACACCCGUCACGAGAUCCGGCCACCAGUCCUUCAACGUUGCUCUCCGACAAGAGCUCGAUAUUUACGCCUCCAUCGUCCUCAUCAAGAACAUCCCCGGCUACGAGACACGGCACAAGAACGUCGAUCUGUGCAUCAUCCGUGAAAACACCGAGGGAGAGUACUCUGGUCUGGAGCACCAAUCCGUGCCAGGUGUCGUCGAGUCCCUCAAGAUCAUCACCCGUGCCAAGUCAGAGCGCAUCGCAAAGUUCGCUUUCUCCUUCGCGCUCGCCAACAACCGCCGCAAGGUCACUUGCAUCCACAAGGCCAACAUCAUGAAGCUGGCCGAUGGUCUCUUCCGCAACACUGUCCGCAAGGUCGGCGAGGAGUACCCUACCAUUGAGACCAACGACAUGAUCGUCGACAACGCCUCCAUGCAAUGUGUCUCCAAGCCUCAACAAUUCGACGUCAUGGUCAUGCCUAACCUGUACGGAGGUAUUCUCUCCAACAUUGGUGCCGGCUUGGUCGGUGGCCCGGGUAUCGUUCCAGGUUGCAACAUGGGUCGUGAGGUUGCCGUCUUCGAGCCAGGUUGCCGUCACGUCGGUCUUGAUAUCAAGGGCAAGGACCAGGCCAACCCAACCGCACUUAUCCUGUCCGGAAGCAUGAUGCUGCGACAUCUUGGCUUGGACGACCACGCCAACAGAAUCUCCAAGGCCGUCUACGAUGUGAUCGCUGAGGGCAAGACACGAACACGCGACAUGGGUGGUGAGGCUACGACACACCAAUUCACGAGGGCUAUUUUGGACCACAUGGAGGCGCAAUAGAUCUACUUACGACAGUAGAGUUAGGCAAAGGGACAGCACUGCAUGGCGUAGCUAGCAUUUCUUGCGUUUUGUGUUCUGAUACCUGUGCGUAGAUCAUGUACAUUGGACAAACAACGUUGAAUGACCAAGUCUUGGCCUGUUUACCCGCAUACUCUUCUCAACUCGUCAUC